AUGAGUGACACGGAAAAAAACUCGCGCAAGCGCCCCGCAGACUUUGAGGAGCUGUUCGACGACGGCGAAGGGACAAAGGAGGCUGUCCAGUCCGAGGACGAAAUGGUCGACGAGGACGGCAACGUUGUCGGGGACCUUGACCUCACAAAGGCCGAUACACAGGCUUGGCUUGUCAAGGUACUUGCCGAAGGAUUGAUUGCUCCCAGCAAGGGCCCCUUAUUGACGUUCAUCCCAAAAUUCUUGGCGGAUAGGUGGUCAAACGUCAACGAGGAGGGUGUCAACCUUGGAAAGGUUAGGAUAUUUAACCAGACAAACCCAAAUGACCCAAAUGCUGCACCCUUCCAACUCAUCCUCCCAGACGACGAUCGCACCCAGAGUCUGCCCAAGACUUAUCGCCUCAACAUGAACCCCAACACAGUUAACAAUACCUUUGUCUUCACAGAACCUACAGGACCUCACCCAAAACCACCUCAUGCGCCUGGAUACCCGACUGGAAAGGCCACGUCGAUCUUGGCCACGAUCAAGCACGAGUGCGCUGUGACUCCAAACCCAGGAAGCCCAGAGUACCGCGAGAUUAUGCGUGAGCGCACCUUGGAGGCCAAUAAGAAGGGAGGACGACACGUCCAGAUCUUGGGAGACAACAACAAAGGUGCGGAUGGUGCAGGGGGUCGUGGAGGCAUGUUCUUGCCCGGAAUGGGUGUUCGCAAUGGAUUUAUUCAAAAGAAGGUCAAGGUGCAGAUGGAUCAAAAGACGACUCGUAUGCCCAAGAACGAACUCAUGGAUCUGUUGUUCACUGCAUUCGAGCAAUAUCCUUACUGGUCGUUCAAGGGUUUGGUUGAGUACGUGAAGCAGCCCCAGACAUAUUUGAAAGAUGUUCUGGCAGAGAUCUGCAACUUUAUCAAGAAGGGUCCCUACACUGCAAAGUACCAGCUCAAGCCAGAGUUUGCAGGUGGUGCAGGACGCCCGUCAAGCGGUUCGUCGUCAUCUUCUUCUCGACCAGCGCCCGGUGUUGUCAAUGCAGAAUUGGAGACGACGUUCAACCCCGCAGCUGUUGGUGUUGGCUCUGGUGAGACUGCGACACAAGAAGAUGUCGAAGAUGAUGAUGAAGAUUUUGAUGAGACUGACGAAGAGAUGGUAGAGGUCGAGUGA